AGUAAGUAGUAGGUGUGUACUCAUGAUGUUGAUUUAAUGCUGUCUGCUCCAUCACUGCAGUAUUUCCUCUGUUAUUAGGUCAGUGUUCCUUCUUCAUGUGUCACCUCCAUGAGUACCACUUUGUUGAAGAGAAGAAGACCUGGACUGAAGCCCAGCAGUACUGCAGAGAGCAUCACACUGACCUGGCCACAGUGUCUGACAUGACAGACAUGGAGAGACUCCGUGACUCUGCACAGAAUCAAGAUGGAGCCUGGAUUGGGCUUUACAGCGACCCUGAAAGAAAUGAGAGAGGGAUGUGGCACUGGCAGUGGUCUCUGCCAGGGCUGGAGUUCAAUGAUAGUGAGAGUAGAUGGCAGAGAGGAGAGCCGAAUGAUUACGGUUCUAAUAAUGAGAAAUGUGUGCAGAUGUACAAUCACAAAUGGAACGAUGUCCCUUGUUCUGAGAUUCUUAAAUUUAUCUGCUAUGAUGAAAGGAAGCAAUCCAACAAGAGAUUCCAUCUGAUUGAAGACAAGAUGAGCUGGCCACAGGCUCAGAGCUACUGCAGAGAACAUCACACUGACCUGGUCAGUGGAGACCAACAGUUAGAGGACGACGAAUUCAAGAGAGAGUAUAAGUCAAACAAGUACGUGUGGAUCAGCCUGUUCAGAGACUCCUGGAGGUGGUCAGAUGGGAGCAGUUUCUCUUUCAGAUACAGGGAUCUGGAGUUAUUCAGAGAUGAAGACAGCAGCAAGAAAUGUGCUGUGACUCUGCUGGAUGGAAAAUGGAGCUCCGACGAGUGUAAUAAAACAAAACCCUUCUUCUGCUAUGAUGAUAAUGUGAUCCUGAUCAAAGAGAGCAAGACCUGGGAGGAAGCCUUGAAUUACUGCAGAGAGAAACACUGUGACCUGGUCUCCAUCACCAACCAUGACCAGCAGAGAUGGGUCCAAGAGAAAGCCAAGAAUGCCAACACUACCCACGUCUGGCUGGGACUGCGCUACACCUGCGUUAUGGAUUUGUGGUUCUGGGUCAAUGACAAUGUGGUCUGCUACCAGAAGUGGGCCUCAGAAGAAAAGACUGAGAGCUGUGACAGGGCUGCAGCCAUGAGCAGAGAGGGGGAACAUGAGUGGUAUGAAAAGGCUGAUACUGAAACAUUUAAUUUCAUCUGCACUGUAAAGUAAGUUUCCCAGGUCAGUGGUCGAAAGCAGCAGAAAGAUCCUAAAUGUGGGAAAGAUCAUAGUUUGAGUUUUUAAAAAGUUACUUGGUUAAAGUGUAUCUGUUAUUCUGCGUUGUUGUUUUUGUGUGUGUGUUUGUGUGUGUGUGUAUUUAUCUAUUAUACAUUUUUUAAAGGUCCAGUGUGUAGGAUUUAGGGGACAUAAUGGCGCUAAUGGACGAUAACAUUAUAAUUAUGUUUUCCUU